AAUUAGCGAGAAUGAUUGUGUAAUGAAAGGCUCGUUUCGAGACUAAAUAACGAACAAACCUCUCAUCUCACCUUUUGCCUCGGAGAAUUGAAUUAAGAAAAAGAUCGUUUUGCUGCGUCAAAAUGACGAGGACGAUGAACAAGUUCGUUAGGGGAUGGCGCGGGAAGCAACUGAAGUUCGUUACUCCAGGAAGCGUGAGAGAAGAAAAUGCCUAAACUUGUCCAAACACCUCAUUUCUCAUUCUCUUUUAGCAUCGUGCAGGUCAAAACUGGAUAGUCUCAAUUUCAGGGGUCAAGUUGUUUGUCUCUUGGGAUCCCUUCUGUGUUUAGGUCAAUGCAAACAAUUUACACAUCAAAUAAGGCAGGCCCAUCAUCUUCUUCACAAGACCACUUCCAGUUUGGAAAUAAAUCUAGAAAAAGCUCUUGAUCCAAUUACCUUAGAGCCUGAAUUACAUUGUCAUCAUUCUUCGGUUUGCAACAAGGACUUUGGGGAAUGUCUAAUGAUGAUUUAAGAAGCACACAUCCAACUACAUCAUUACCAGGAGAUCCCUUCCCAGUGCCACCAAAUAUGAACAACAUGGAAUCUGUUGGUAUUGCUCGAAAAGUUGAUGAAAAGUAUGAUCGUGGAAAUGAAUUGAAUGACUCUGAUGUGAGAACAAACCCUGGUAACACAAAUGGUGCAGAACAAGAACAAGAAAGCAUGGCGAGUAGCAGUUCAAGGACAGAUCCUGUUGCUGAUAUUGGAAAAGCUGGUGGUGCAAACUCACCUGCAAUUAUUCCUGCUCAGAACUGUGAAUCAGGCUCAAACCAAUAUCCAGAAAUACAAAAUCCUCCUUUGCAAGUAAUGGAGCGUCCAGAGGAUACUGUUCCCAGUUCCUUGUACAAGAUUCCUUCCCACGUCUUCAAUAGCACCAAUACAAAUGCUCCAGAAUGGAGUAUUGCCUCUAACGAGUCAUUGUUCAGCAUCCACAUGGGAACGAUGAGUUUCACUAAAGAAGUACAUUGGUUUAAAUCUGGGGAGUUGGAGAAGUAUAGUGACAUGAUCAUGGCUGGUCCGCCUAAUUCAUUCCAAAGCAAUCAAGUUCCAGGCAAUAAAUUUAAUAAUAUGAGCCAAAGAACUGCUGAGCAAGAUCAAGGUUCUGGUGUAACCGAAGCAAAAGCUGCUGAGACAAUGAGAGAGGUUAUAAUGGAAAACACACAGAAAAAUAAUGCAGAGGAAUUGUCCAUUGAGGAUGGAAAUGGAACUUCGCCUGCUGAAGUACUUCCUAAUCCUAAUAGCAAGUCUGGCCGUUCAGAUGUGAGCGCGCAAUCUUUUGCAUUUAAACCAUUGACAGGAAAUGGAAGUAAAGGUAUGAAUGGUUCGUCCAGGCAUGAAGAAGAGAAGCCAAAGCAGCAGAACCCUAAAGAAACAACAAAUGGAGCUGAGGCUCUCAAUUCAUCUCCAAAAGCUUCUAGCAAGAGAUGGUUAUCUUGCUUUGCAUGCUGUGCAUUCUGUCGUUAGAGACAGUUUCCAGGCGGUUCGUGAUCUGAUUAUGAACUGUCUUCUUGGAUCCUAACAGAUUAACCUGGUGCUGUCACUGGCAUUUCAUAUUGACAUGCUGGUAUCAAUCAUGCAUUGGCACCAAAAACAAAAAGAACAUGUAGCUCUAGUUAGUCAGGCUUAACUCAUUACUUCUUCUUCCUUUCCUUUGUCUUUUUUCAUGUUUUUGCGUUACAUCCCAUCCUGGUGGACAAGUCAGACAAUAUCAUGACCAACAUUGCAUAAAUGGGUUUAGUUUGUUUGUAUGAUAUUAGCAUUUUGGCCUGUGAAUAAUAUUAACGAGGCAAUUCAAUCUGCAGAA